CUCAGAGUGAACGUGCCUCAGCAAAACAUAUUCAACCAUCACUAAGGCCACUCACAGUCAGAACUGUAACACUGUAAGCUAAUGUCAGUCGAGAGCUGGAGGGCGGAUGGAUAAAAAGUGUUACUUGUCGUCAUGGGCGCCAACAGAAAUCACGAAUAUGAAGCUGUGCCUUCCAAAGAAACAAAUGGAAUCCUUCCAGGGCCCCGAGGAAGGAUAGUUGCUGGGGUGAAGAAAAGAGCCAGAAGCUUCUUCACCUACAGGAAUGCCAAGCGACGUCUCCCCAUCCUGAACUGGAUCCGGGAAUAUUCCAUAGAGCACCUCAUCGGAGAUCUCAUCGCUGGCCUGACAGUAGGCCUAAUGAUUAUCCCACAGGCUCUGGCUUAUGCCGCUGUUGCAGGACUUCCGGCUAAUUACGGCCUCAACUCUGCCAUCUUCGGCUCCUUCUUCUAUGUCAUCUUCGGAUCCACGACGGAGCUGAACGUGGGUCCCACAGCUGUCAUGUCUCUCAUGACAUUCCAGUACAGCAGUCAUGGAGGGCCAGAUUACGCUGUCUUGCUCUGUUUCAUCACAGGAAUUAUAGAAAUUGUCGCUUCUAUCGUUAAUUUAGGAUUCCUGAUCAACUUCAUCUCCCAACCGGUGAUCAGCGGAUUUACUUCGGCGGCAGCUAUCACCAUCGGUUCCUCCCAGCUGAAGGCACUGUUCGGUCUGAAGCUGAAGACCAGAGGUCUCGUCGACACCUGGGUCAAGGUCAUCCAGAACCUGUCGAAAAUGAGGUGGCAGGAUUUGGUCCUGGGCAUCGUCAGUAUAGUGGUCCUUUCUCUCAUGAAGCCAUUAAGGACAAUGAAAUUUCGAUUCCUUGUUCCCGGGAGUAAGGCCCUUGGACAGCGUGUCCUGCGCCAGGUGUUGUUUUUCUUGUCAGUCGGGAGAAACGCCCUUGUCGUCAUAAUUGCUUCACUGGUUGCUUAUACGCUAGACGGCAAUGAACAACCAUUUACUCUGACAGGCUUCGUCCAGCCAGGAAUUCCUUCCCCGUCUCUUCCUCCCUUCACGACAACUAUUGACAACAAGACUCUGUCCUUCACCGAGAUGAUGAGCGACCUGGGUAUCGGCAUCGCCAUGUCGCCCUUCACUGCCAUCCUGGGCCUUGUGGCUGUCGGAGGAGCCUUCACCAAAGGAAAGAAGGCCCUCGAUGCCAAUCAGGAAAUCCUUUCUCUCGGCAUCAGUACAUUGGCUGGAUCCUUCUUUGGAUCAAUGCCAAUCACAGCCUGUAUGUCACGUUCUGCGGUGAACUCUACCAGUGGAGUUCGGACCCCUGCAGCAUGUUUCGUCGUUGGAGUCAUCGUGCUCUUGGCCCUAGGACUCUUAACGCCUGCCUUUUACUACAUCCCUCGUUCGGUCCUGGCUGCUGUGAUCAUUGGUGCAGUGCUGAACAUGGUAGAUUACGAAGUCCUGAAGCCUCUUUGGAGGAGCAACAAGGUCGACCUCAUUCCUCUAAUGGGUACUUUCAUCGCCUGCCUCGCAUGGGGGCUGGAGUGGGGGAUCCUGCUGGGCAUUGGGGUAGAUCUGGCAAUGCUGCUUUACUCAGUGGCGACACCAAAAGUGGUAGUUUCCUAUGGCUACACAAGUAGUCAGAAGGCUAAAUAUGUUCUGGUGACCCCCACCCGAGGUCUCAGCUAUCCGGGCAUCUCUCAUGUCCAGACAGCCAUCCGGAAGGCUGGUGUCAACCAAGCAUGGGGCACUCUGCCAGUUGUUGUGGACUGCACCUACAUGGAUGCUAUGGAUUAUAGCUCGGCAAAGGGCAUAAAAUCCGUGACAGACGACUUCAAAAGACAAGGUCAGACCAUAGCAUUCCUGCACAUGAAAUCGGGUCUGGUGACCACUGUGACUGCCCUCAACAAGGAAAUCCAUCUGUGUGACUGUCAGGAUUCCCUUGACGCAAUGAUCGAAGAAAUAGUGUCAAAUGGAGUAGAGGCAGGUCCUGUCAGCAUGGAUAAUGAGACCAAACUUACAACAGGAGAUGAAGAACUACCAAAGUUGGUCCCUAAAGCUGAGUUUGAUGAAGAGACAUUGUCAGCUUUUAAAUGAUCCUAAAAGUAAACGUGGGAUGAUUUGUAAAUAGAAAAAGGGGGAUAAAAAAAAGACAUAUUUAUAGUUUAUUCAGAAAUUGAACUGAUUCUAUAUCAAAAUAUAUACUUAUAUUCUUUUAUUGAUGUAAGGUGCAAUUGUGAUUCUGUGUUAUUUUUGUAACAUUUUAUCUCGAACACAUUUCGUAAUUGUCAUUUUUAUGCAGUAAGUGUUUAUUAAUUAUAAGAAAGUUCCUUUAUACAGUUAUUGUUUGUAUUUUGGUUAAAACCACUCUUGAAAAACAUUAAAUUGCAAAAUUC